AUGACGAGAGUGAACCUUUCGUCGCUCCUUCUGGCGGUUGCCACCACCAUGGCCCUGCUGCAACACACUGUAUCGGCAGAAGUCCCAGCAGCAGCCGACGUUGUCACUCCGACGUUCUUCGUUCCUCCCCACGAACAUAUCGGCACACCAGCCCACGUUGCUCCCGCUCGUGAGCACAUUGGAACACCAGCUCACGUCGCUCCCGCCGGCCAACACAUUGGAACGCCAUCUUCCUCCGCUCCUGAAGAGAUCUCGAAAUCGAUGUCUUCCCUUUCCAAGCCACGCAUCCAAGACACUGCUGCGGACUACCCAAACCUAGACACCCGCGGUCGACACCACGUCAAGGCACGUCAACACGUGUCCAACGGCAAAGUGACGUUCUACGCUGGAUCCCAGCUGCUCAACCCAGCCUGCCCAGGUGCAUCCAGCCCUAGCGACUCGAGCAUGAUCGCCGCCAUCUCUUUCGACAGCCCUUUCAACUGUGGUGAUCGUAUCCGCAUCGCAGGCAAAGGAAAAAGCGUCGUCGUCACGGCUGUUGAUCGAUGUGCUGGAUGCAACAGUGCAUGGCUCGACGUGACAAAGGGUGUGUUCAGGAUCUUUGAUAGCUUGGACGCCGGUGUGUUGAACGAUGUUAGCUUCACCAAGAUGCAGUCGCCCGUCACUUGUCAUCAGACGGCGCAGAUCGUCUAUCGUUCCUUCGCAUGUUUGCAGUCACGGUCCUUUUCAAUCCGAUUCCGCUUCUGUCUCCUUAUGGGCUGUGCCAUCGAGUGUGUGGUUGACUAG